AUGAAGCUCUUUUACACGAUUUCCCUUCUUUUCAUUGAUGCUUUGGCUCGUCCAGUUCCAGAAAAAAGAGAUGAAGAAGUGCUGAGUAUAGUGCCAGUUCUCGAGAUGAUCUUCCCAGAAAGUGCUGAGGCCCCACUUCUCGAGACAAUUAUGGCAAUAGAUGGUGCAGAGACGAUGGAUUUUGAUGCUUUGCUUCUAAAAGAGAAAAAGACAAAAGAUUUGGAGAAAGUUUUCCGUGAGCUAAAGAUAAAGAACCCAAAUCUCCACAAGAAACUCGAGCCUCAUUUUCUGAAAUUGAAAGCCAAUUUUGAUUCGCUUAAAGGAGAAAGGAAAGAAUGGAUGACAAAGUACUUGACGUAUAUUUGGGACAACCUUUGUGCUGCUGCAGUGAGCGGGAAGAAAGAAAUCAUUCUGCGGAAAGAGGGUGAUCUCUUGAAGACAAAAUACGAUGGAUUAUCAAUUGAAGCAAAGAAAUCGUUGACAGAGAAAUUCCCGAUGCUCACUUAUUUCAUUGAACACGAAGCUUACAAAUUAGAGGAA